UAUUACUAAAAUAGAACUCCCCAUCCCAAGAAGAGAGAGAGAGUUUGUGAAUGAAAUUGAAAUGGCUGAAACAAGCCACUCAAUGGCCACCCAAAUAUGCAACCAAAUAGCCACCAUAUUCACCAAGCCCACCACCACACCACCACCUUUAGACCUCUUAGUGGAUCAAAUAAGCACCACCUCAGCCCAAAAAGGCCGCAUCUUUGUCUAUGGAGUGGGCCGUGAAGGCCUAAUGCUAAAGGCCUUGUGUAUGCGCUUAGCCCAUUUGGGCCUCUCUGUUUACUGUGUAUUUGACAUGACUACUCCCCCUAUUGGGCCCACUGAUCUUCUGAUAGCUUCUGCUGGGCCCGGAGGAUUCUCCACCGUUGAUGCCAUUUGCAAGGUUGCCAAAUCUAACGGUGCUCUUGUGUUGCUUCUUACUGCUCAACCUGAGAGUGGAUCCUCUGUGGAGUAUGCCACUGUUGUAGCUCAUGUACCUGCUCAGACAAUGGCUGAUGAUCAUCAAGUAGGACACGUGGAUGAAUCUAGGCCGUUGCUUCCAAUGGGAAGUCUUUAUGAGGGAGUUUUGUUUGUGUUGUUUGAAAUGGUUGUGUUUAAGCUUGCUGAUAUUUUGGGCCAGACUCCUGAGGCUGUUAGAGCUAGGCAUACCAAUUUAGAAUAAAUUUUCUAUUUUCUAUUUUUUUUUGUUUUACUGUAUUAUUUGUUGUUUUUUGCAAAGUUGUUUUAGAAUUUUACUAAUGUAUUAAUGUAUGUAUAUAUAGUUUGUAUUUGGAAUAAUUGAUAUUUUUUUCGUGGAUAAUAAUAUAAUAUUUACCUAGUCGGCCAUUAAAGAUAAAAAAAUAAGUCAAUUAAUGUAUAUUGAUGAGUUAGAUUUCACUAUAUAUUUGUAUUUAUCUUAUAGUUUUAAAUCGACGUGACAAUGCAUUCUUCACCAUUGAUGUUAUUGAGCUUGACCGUUGAUGUUGAGUAUCAUGCAAAAUGGCAGAUCUUGGGCGAAGAUAAGGAUUAAGUUUUGAAUUGCGACCUUUAUAUUAAAGUUUAAAUCUUUUACUAAUAUGCUAUAUGAUUGUAUAUUUGAUAUAAAUAUCUAUGAUAUUUAUUACUUUCUCGGUUUGAAGUAAAUGAAACACUUCUCUCUUUUAUGUGAGAGUUAUUGAGGGAAACGUUUCAUUCAUUUCAGAUCGGAGGAAG